CUCACCAUGGCACUCAACCUCUUCACCCGCCUGUUCAGGCUACCUGCCGCAGCGCGUCCCAACUUCUCGGCCCUCAGCACCACUCUUCACACACCGAUCGCCCCUUCACCACGCGCCUUCAGCACGUCGUCACCAUUUUCGGCUACAUACAACCAAGUCAUGCGCGGCUGCCGUGUCGCUCAAAGAGCACGUAAACCUACCUCGCCGCAACUGAAAGACAGACCUGAGAUGAAGGGUGUGUGCGUGCGUGUGGGUAUCACCAAGCCCAAGAAGCCCAACUCGGGAGAGCGCAAGGUUGCAAGAGUCAGAUUAAGUAACGGCAGAGUCGUUACUGCUUACAUCCCUGGUGAAGGACGAAAGAAUGAAUUGAGCGUGGCAGAUGAAGAAGUGGAGACGCAGGAUAUCAUGGCUAACCACUCUGUUGUCUUGGUCCGUGGUGGUCGUUCGCAGGAUUGUCCUGGUGUCAAAUACCAUCUUGUCAGAGGUGCUUUGGAUCUGGGUGGUGUUGGUAACAGAAUCACCUCGCGAUCGAAGUAUGGUACCAAGAAGCCCAAGGCUGCCUAA